UUUCAGUUAAACCAGAAACCAAAGCACCAAUUAAGAGAGAGAGAGAGAGAGAGAGAGAGAGGGAGAGGGUCAUGCAUCUCUUCUGAUUUAACAAGAAAUAUGAUUUCCCUUUUUCUUCUGGUUUAAAACCUAACCAGUUUGGUUUGCGUUAGGGUUCUUUUUAUUAUUAAAGGGCUGUCGAGUGUGCGAAGAGAAUAGUUUUGCUUUGGCGUUUGUUCGUGAUUUUUUGGUAGCGGUUGGCAUGGCUGUUGAUGCACAGUAUUAUUCUGAAAGUAUGGGUUUGGCCAUGUGUGGCGUACAGGAUUGGUGGGUGAACCCCGUUUCUUCUUCUGGGCUUGACGUUGAUGCUUCCAAUUUCAAUCCUCAGCAACUGCCUCAGGUUCAUCAUCUUCAUAACCACUACAGCAUUCAAGAUCUCUGUGUUGACGAUAACACGAGUCCAAAUCCCUUCCCCUCUUCUUCAAGCAGUGAUAAGCUUCUCCCAAUGGCGUUCUCUCAAUCUUUGGCCGAUCAGCUUGAGACCCAGAGACUCGAAAUCGAUUGGCUUCUUCAUUUUCAGCUUGAGAGAUUGAAAUUUGCUUUACAAGAACAACGAAAGCAACAACUGGGGUCGCUGUUGAACAGAUUGGAAUCAAAGACGAUAACCCUAAUGAGACAAAAGGAGGAAGACUUGGCAAGAGCGAGGAAGAAAAUGAUGGAGCUGGAAGAUUGGUUGAGAAGGAGAGAAGUGGAAAGCCAAGGAUGGCAGCGAGUGGCGACAGAGAACGAAGCGAUGGUCAAAUAUCUAAACAACAUGCUGGAACAGGUCAGAGAAACGCACUUAUUGCUGAGCAACGGAGCCGAAGAUGCAGAGUCGAAUGGGGGUGGUCCCAUUGACAGAAGAGAGGACGAAGGCAGGGGAAGAGACAGAGGAGAAGGAGGAGAAGAAGUGAAAGACCAGUGCAAAAAGAUGGCAUGCAAACGCUGUAAUUCUCGGACCUCGUGCUUUCUUUUCUUCCCUUGCAGACACCUUUGUUCGUGCAAGUCUUGUGAGCCCCUUCUUGGUUGCUGCCCAGUCUGUAAAUCUGUAAAGGAGGCAAGCAUGGAGGUUUUCUUGGUCUAAGAAGAAGAUUAAAAGAGAAAAAAAGAAAGGAAAAAGGCCCAAGCAAUGGAAAGAACAGAAAAGAAAAGA